AUGGCCUCACUCCCGACCGACCGACGCCCCAUCGUCAUAUCUGGGCCCUCGGGCGUCGGCAAGGGCACGCUGUACAAGAUGCUAUUUGACCGCCACCCAGACACCUUCGCUCUGUCUGUGUCGCACACGACCCGCGCCCCGCGCCCAGGCGAGAGCGACGCCGUGGACUACCAUUUCGUAUCCAUGGAGGCCUUUGAGGACCUCAUUGCCAAGGACGGCUUCGUCGAGCAUGCCAAGUUCGGCGGCAACCGCUACGGCACCAGCAAGAUGACCAUUGAGCAGCAGAGCAGCAAGGGCAAGCUCGUUGUCCUGGACAUAGAGAUGGAGGGUGUCAAGCAGAUUAAGCAGUCCACCAUCUCUGCUCGCUACAUCUUCAUCGCGCCGCCCUCAACCGCCGCCCUCGAGUCUCGUCUGCGUGGUCGCGGAACCGAAAAGGAGGAGAGUAUCCAGAAGCGACUUGCACAGGCUGUCAACGAACUCGAGUACUCCAAGACGCCCGGCAUUCACGAUAUCAUCAUCGUGAAUGAAGACCUUGAGACUGCGUACAAUACCCUCGACAACUUUAUCUAUCAAGAGGUUAGGGUGCCCUAG